UUAAACACAACUUUAAACUUCCAUUGCGAUUACGACAUAUUAUUACAUAGCAACUUGUAACGUCGCGGGGCGAUAAGCUCAUUACUUUAUCAAUAAUAAACAUCGUUUUCUUUAUUCUUAGUGUAUAGCUAUCUAUAUGUAAUUCAUAAAUAUGUAAGAUCAGUAAGUAUUUAAAUCUGUCCUUGUUGUUAGUGUUCGAGAAGGCAAGGCGACGCGCACUUGUAAAACUGAGUACUAAUCUCGAAGAUGAAGUGUAUCUGUCUGUUGUUCCUGGUGGUGGUGGCGGUGUACGCCGAAGAGAAGUAUACGGAAGAGAAUGAUGACCUAGAUAUUGAGGGAGUGAUCAAAGACGCGGAUACUAUGAAGGCGUUUACCGGCUGUUUCAUGGAUACUGCGGACUGUGACCACGUGUCUGGCGAUUUCAAGAAGGAUCUACCCGAGGCGAUUCAGACGGCGUGUGCCAAAUGCACUGACAAGCAGAAACACAUCACGAAGAGAUACUUCGAAGGUCUAGAAGAGAAGUAUCCAGAACUAUACCAGGCUUUUAAGAACAAAUACGAUCCAGAGAACAAAUAUUUUGCAGCCCUCAAAGCGGCCAUCGCCAAGUUUUAAAUGAAGCUUAAAAAAUUAACCGCACCAUUCUGUUAACUUUAUAUACAAACUAAACCAUGUAAUUCUUUGACUUGUAGGCAAUAAUAGCCAAUUUGAAGACGUAACUAAAUUAGAAGUUUUUUCUUAUAAUUAUUGAGUUCGUUUUUUUUGUAUUGUAACGUAUUCAUUAACAAGUUUUAAACCGCUUUGUUUUAAAGACACGUGAUUCGUGUUAUUUUAUCGUAUCAGAUUGCUGUGUGAAUUAAAAGUAUACUAUUUAAAA